AUGGUUGAAUCACUUGAGUCUGCUACUAUCGAUGGUGUGGUUGAGGCAGAAAUCUCUCCCUGUCACUUCACUCUAUUUCCCUCCUCAGAACCUCCAACUGCGUUGCAACAGAUAAUCGAUGACUGGGGUCUGAUUGAACACCAAGAAGGUGGAUAUUUCAAGGAAACAGAUCGUUCUCCAUUUUUAAUGACUGUUUUGGACCAACAUUCGGCCGUUGGUCAAGGCAUUGAGGGUUCAAGUGGUACUGUGAGUAGAAACUAUUCCACUCUGAUCUACUAUCUCUUGACAUCCAAUCGUCCAAUUGGCAAAUUUCACAAGAAUAAAAACCGUAUAACACAUAUCCUGCAACGUGGUAAAGGACAGUACGUUCUCAUCUAUCCUAACGGUCAAGUCAAGUCUUUCAAGGUGGGUUUUGACUACCAAAAUGGUGAGAUUUCACAGUGGGUUGUGCCGGGAGAGGUCUACAAAGCUAGUUUUCUCAUCCCUAAUGAAGAAUUUUCCAAUGGUCUUUUAAUCAGUGAAGUAGUGGUCCCAGGGUUUGAUUUUGAAGACCAUAGCUUCAUGUCAGGUCGUGAUGAAUUGGUCGACCUCGUAGGCGAUGAAAAAGCUGCCAAACUUGAAUUCUUGUUGUAA